GCAGUUGGUAACAAAUGACACUUGCCAUCCAAUAAGAGAAAGAGUGCAGUUGAACCGAAAACAAGUCGAGUGUUUGUAAACUAUGGUGAAUGAUGGACUCAUGCCGCCUCUAUAUGUGACCAAUAUUUUCAUCAUUAUUCUUCUUUAAAUAGGAAGUAAUAAUGGAAUUUGACAUAACGCGCACAAGGCCAUCGCUGUUUGGAGAUAUUGCACAUGGUUUGGGCUUCUGGACCGAUCGUUCUGCAGUGCAUGAGGCUGCGGCUCAAGGCAGAGCUAUGCAGCUCAGAAAGCUGAUCGAAAACGGGGCGUCUGUCAACAUUGUGGCUGUGGACUCUAUUACACCUCUCCAUGAGGCUUGUAUACAGGGCCAAACACAGUGUGUCAAACUACUCCUGGACGCUGGAGCUCAUGUUGAUGCUCGUAACAUAGACGGCAGCACUCCAUUAUGUGACGCCUGUGCUGCUGGUAGUCUGGAUUGUGUUAAGUUGUUGUUAGAACAUGGAGCCAAAGUUAACCCUCCGCUCUUCACCUUCUCUCCCCUGCAUGAGGCCUGCAUGGGCGGUAACUCUAAAUGUGUACAGCUCAUGAUCGAUGAAGGUGCGCUUAUGGAAGCCCAUGACUGCCACUUUGGCACUCCUCUACAUGUGGCGUGUGCCAGGCAGCAUCUAGACUGUGUCAAAGUUCUGCUUAAUGCAGGUGCAAAUGUAAAUGCUGCCAAGCUUCAUGAGACGGCACUGCAUCAUGCUGCCAAAGUGAAAAAUCUGGAACUAAUUGAGCUUCUAGUAGAAUUUGGGGGAAAUGUUCUUGCCAAAGACAACCUCGGCAAAAAACCCAUUCAGUACACCAGAGCUGGUUCACCAUCUGCCCUAUGCCUAGAGUUUUAUGAAUCCACACCCCUGAGUCUUCAGCAGUUGUGCAGAAUUGCUCUAAGAAAUACACUUGGGAAAAGAGCAUUGGGGGUGUUCACUCAACUGGGCCUCCCAAAUCGAAUCAUCUGUUUCCUGUCAUUUUUACCAGCCCCUCCCCUGGACCUCUUCCACUCUUGACAGUCUGCUACUCUGUUUCUGUCCAAGUCAUCCAUAAUGGACACAAAACUGACUGUGUUUGAGAAUAAGGGCUUAGAAAGUUGGUUUCCAGGAGUAAUGAGAUUUCUCGUUGUGAAGCUCAGCUACUGUAACAGCCGCACUCAGUAUUUAUCAUGUAUUUGUUGAUAUUUUCUCCUCCUUGCUGUAGCAGGCAAGCAGUAGAAGACAUGUUCACGUGGUAUGGAUGCCGAAAGUUUACUGCCGAAAUAUGUAGAAUAUUUGAUUGUUUGAUUUGGAAAGAAGCACCUUUCACGAAAAGUAACAUCUGCAUUGGCACCUUUUUGCUGCUGACACACCUUGCAACACCAUAAGACAAAGAGCAAAUUGUUUUCUUGCUGUUUUGUCAAGGUUUAAAAUUGCUUCUAUCUGAUAGAUCAAAAUCAGUUAUAUAAAUAACCUCAAUAGUCUGUGUAUUGUAGGUUUUCAUUUACGUUACCUGAUUUGUAAAUAUAUUGUAUAUAAAACAGUCUUAUUGUAAAUCAGGUUUUGUAUGAGGUAUGCAAAUUUUCUAUAUUUUACCUAGUUCUCAUUUAUGUGUUUCUAUACACAGGUGGACAAAAGUUUGGAAUAAUGUACAGAUUUUGCUCUUCUGGAAAGACAUUGGUACUUUUAUUCACCAAAGUGGCAUUCAACUGAUCACAAUGUAUAGUCAGGACAUUAAUAACAUGAAAAAUUACUAUUACAAUUUGAAAACAAUGUUCAGAACUUCUUAAACUACUUCAAAGAGUUCUCAUCAAAAAAUCCUCCACAUGCAGCAAUGACAGCUUUGCAGAUCUUUGGCAUUCUAGCUGUCAGCUUGUCCAGAUACUCAGGUGACAUUUCACCCCACACUUCCUGUAGCACUUGCCAUAGAUUGUCGGGCACUUCUCAUGCACUUUACAGUCUAGCUGAUCCCACAAAAGCUCAAUGGGGUUAAGAUCCAUAACACUCUUUUCCAAUUAUCUGUUGUCCAAUGUCUGUGUUUCUUUGCCCACUCUAACCUUUUCUUUUUGUUUUUCUGUUUCAAAAGUGGCUUUUCUUGUCUUUGGAGUCUUCUCUUUACUGUUGAACAUGAAACUGGUGUUGAGCGGGUAGAAUUCAAUGAAGCUGUCAGCUGAGGACAUGUGAGGCAUCUAUUUCUCAAACUAGAGAGUCUGAUGUACUUAUUCUCGUUUAGUUGGACAUCUGGCCUUCCACAUCUCUUUCUGUCCUUGUUAGAGCCAGUUGUCCUUUGUUUAUGAAGACUGUAGCGUACACCUUUGUAUGAAAUCUUCAGUUUUUUGGCAAUUUCAAGCAUUGUAUAGCCUUCAUUCCUCAAAACAAUGAUUGACUGCUGAGUUUCUAGAGAAAGCUGUUUCUUUUAUUUGCCAUUUUUGACCAAAUAUUGACCUUAAGACAUGCCAGUCUAUUGCAUACUGUAGCAACUCAAAAACAAACACAAAGACAAUGUUAAUCUUCAUUUAAAGAACCAAAUAGCUUUCAACUGUGUUUGAUAUAAUGGCAAGUGAUUUUCUAGUAUAAAAUUAGCAAUUUAGCAUGAUUACUCAAGGAUAAGGUGUUGGAGUGAUGAUGGCUGCUGGAAAUGGGGCCUGUCUAGAUUUGAUCAAAAAUGACACUUUUCAAAUAGUGAUGGUGCUGUUUUUUACAUCAGUAAUGUCCUGACUAUACUUUGUGAUCAGUUGAAUGCCACUUUGGUGAAUUUAAGUACCAAUUUCCUUCUGAAACAGAAAAAUCUGUACAUUAUUCCAAACUUUUGGCCGCAAUUGUGUGUGUGUGUGUGUGUGUGUGUGUGUGUGUGUGUGUGUGUGUGUGUGUGUGUGUAUAUAUAUAUAUAUAUAUAUAUAUAUAUAUAUAUAUAUAUUGUGCAAAUGCUUAAUGCGUUAUUUAAUUUUUCCUGUUUUACAUGGGUUAUUUCAUGUUUUAUCGUUAUGACUAUUUUUACUGUUUGUAAUAUAAAUUGUAAUAGAAAAUAAUUAUACAUUUAAGUUGUCAUUAAAUUGUAAUGACAAUUGUAAUUUUCUAUAACAAUAUUCCAUUUGUUUUUAUGUUACACUCAAAUUCUGCUUCCUCCAAGUUGUCCUCAUAUCAACAGUGUAUUUCUUAUUUAAAUAAGACCACAGAGCAGUGUAAAACAUUACAACAUAUUCAUACACAAACAAUAUUUC